CUGGGCCUCCCUGCUCCACCAACGCCGCCUGCGUCGCCUUCGCUCCCUGACUGCGCUCGCCGCUGGGACCCCCCUCACUGCUGGGACUCCCCUCAUUGCUGGGACCCCCCCUCACUGCUGGGACUCCCCCUCACUGCUGGGACCCCCCCUCACUGCUGGGACCCCCCCUCACUGCUGGAACCCCCAUCACCGCUGGGACCCCGCUCACACCCUGGCAGUAAGGAGACUUUGCCCCCCGUGUUCCCUGCAGCCCGCCCCGCUCUGUGCUCUGCAGAGAGAAGGAGGAAACCUCUGGCAGAGGGAAGGAGGAAACCGGGCGGCAGCUGGGAGCUAUGAGCAGUGCCGAGGAGGACUACAACUUCGUCUUUAAAGUGGUUCUGAUUGGGGAAUCCGGCGUGGGCAAAACCAACCUGCUGUCCCGCUUCACCCGCAACGAGUUCAACCACGACAGCCGCACCACCAUCGGCGUGGAGUUCUCCACCCGCACCGUCCUGGUGGGAGACGCCGCGGUGAAGGCACAGAUCUGGGACACGGCCGGGCUGGAGCGGUACUACCGUGGGGCUGUGGGCGCUCUGGUCGUCUUUGACAUCACCAAGCACCAGACGUACGACGUGGUGGAGCGCUGGCUGAAGGAGCUGUAUGACCACGCCGAGGCCAGCAUCGUGGUCAUGCUGGUGGGCAACAAGAGCGACCUGGCGCAGGCGCGGGAGGUGCCCACGGAGGAGGCGAAAAUGUUUGCAGAGAACAACGGGCUGCUCUUCAUUGAGACGUCGGCGCUGGACUCCACCAACGUCGAGCAGGCGUUUGAGACCGUCCUGAAGGAGAUCUUCAGCAAAGUGCAGAAGCAGAAGCAGAGGAGCAGCCAAAGCAGCACGGUGUCACUCGGCAGCGAGAGCCCCGACGGCGCUGCCCCAGCGCAGGCGGAAAAGCGCCCGUGCUGCGUGGCCAUCUGAGCUCGUCCCGAGGCUCGCGGCCGCCGGCACAGCUCGGUGGCGACCGACCCGCCGUGCCGCCCGUUGUCCCGGCGCGGCGGCAGCCCGGAGCGCGGCCGUGCUCCACCGUGAGCAGCGCGAG